AUGAUCAGUGGGAGCGCAAUCAAAGACCUCGCACCCUUUGAGCGCAAGGCGGCAUUGACAAUGCCUGAGUUAUUCAAGGAGUUUGACAAAUUCGACUUUGGCACAUUUUGCGAGUCUCCAAAGGUCCUUCUCAGCAAGGGCCGGAUACAGGAUGCCAUCGACGUGCUUCGCAAGAUUGCCAAGUUCAACGGUGCCCCAGAGCCUACCUUGACUCGACGAUUUCGAGUAAACUGGCCGUGCGAUAUGAUAUGA